GAAAAUAACAAAAGUACGAUGCACGACGAAUAUCUAGAUAUGAUUCGCCGCGCUCUCUUCGAAACAAUAACGUGUGGCAUACGCGUAAAGAUAAAGUUCUAUGGAUUACGUUCUAAAAUUUAUUCCUUGAAGUACUGUUUGACUGACUAAUCAAGACAAAAAAAUUUAAUUUUCUUUGUUCUAAUUGAUCAAUUAAAUAUUAUUGCUUAUUAUUAUAGGCACACGAAAUAUUUAGAGUUUUUUUUUCUGUCAUGUUUUCUGUCAGAUUUUCUAAUAUGAUACAAUGGCGGGUUAUUUUCCAAGACAUACUCUUAUUGUAACCUAUAGUAGUCAUAACCUAUAAAUAUUCGCAUAUUUUAUAAUAAUAUACAAUACAGUUUAAUACAAUUAAACAAAUAUGUAUAAGCGCGCAGCGACUGGUAGUGCGAUGGUAUUUGCAAGAAAUUUUGGAUUUAUUAAGGAUCAUGCGUUUGUAAGUGUAAGAAAUAAAAAGUUUAGUUCAGCAACUCAAAAUUCUCGAUAUAAGCCACUAACUCCAAUAAAUACUAUUGUAAUGUUUGUUCCUCAACAACAGGCAUGGAUUGUAGAAAGAAUGGGGAAAUUUCAUAAAAUUUUAGAACCAGGUUUAAAUAUUUUAUUUCCUGUUAUUGAUAAAGUGAAAUAUGUACAAAUAUUGAAGGAAUUAGCAAUAGAUGUACCGCAACAAAGUGCAGUUACAUCAGAUAAUGUGACUCUGAGUAUUGAUGCUGUAUUAUAUUUAAGAGUAACUGAUCCUUAUCUAGCAUCUUAUGGUGUUGAGGAUGCUGAAUUUGCUGUAAUUCAAGUAGCUCAAACUACCAUGAGAUCUGAAUUAGGAAAGAUAUCUUUAGAUAAAGUAUUUAGGGAAAGAGAAGAAUUAAAUGUUUCUAUUGUUGAAAGUAUUAAUAAAGCCAGUGGUGCAUGGGGAAUCACAUGCUUACGAUAUGAGAUACGUGAUAUAAGAUUACCACCACGAGUACAAGAAGCAAUGCAGAUGCAGGUAGAAGCCGAACGGAAGAAGCGUGCUGCUAUAUUAGAAUCUGAAGGUAUUAGAGAGGCUGAAGUAAAUGUAGCAGAAGGCAAACGACUUGCACGAAUUUUAGCUUCAGAAGCUGCAAGGCAAGAACAAAUAAAUAAAGCUACAGGACAAGCUGCAGCAGUAGUAGCAGUAGCAGAGGCACGAGCAAAGGGAUUACAAGUAGUUGCAAAUGCUCUUGGUGCAACAGAUGCAAAAAAUGCAGCAGCGCUUAGCAUAGCAGAGCAGUAUGUCAAUGCAUUCAACAAAUUAGCGAAAGUUAAUAAUACACUGAUAUUGCCGAGCAAUGUAGGAGAUGUUUCGACAUUUGUAGCACAGGCAAUGGCAAUUUAUAAACAAGUAAUGCCUGAACAUAAUACCAACAAUGGACAAACAAAACAAGUAAUAGAUAAUCAUUCAAAUACUACAACUCAGAUGGAAGAUUCAGAUGAAUCAUUUGAGUAUUUCAGUGAUAAGGAAGAAGCUGAAAAGCAUAGAAAGACCGAAAAGCAAAAUCUGCAAUAGAAAUACAUUUUCAUAUUAAGUUUUACAAUGUAAAUAUGAUAUACAAUCAUACAUUAUUCCUAUUAAGUUGGUUAUUUCAUUGAUCAACAUUUUUUUAUGUAUUACAAACUAAUAAAUUCUUACGCACAAAGUUAAUAA